CUCUAUGGUUGGCAGUGGUAGUUCCAAUGCGCACGCAGAAACCUCACCGUCAGUCAUUUCGGCGCAGGUCUCCGCCAUCUUGUCAAAGAAUUUUGUUCAGCGUUCCGUGGGUACAUGGUGUGGGUGUACAAUAGUGGAAAAUCUUCUUUCUCCAUGUGGAAAUCCAUCUUCAUCGCUGGUCGGAAACGUGCCAUGCUUCAUCCCUCCGGUUAACCAGGAUUCGUGGGAACUGCAACAGGUGGAAAGCCUCCGACAGUUCACGUGGGGGCUCAAUGGACCGGUUCACCCCUUUCGACCGGGUUGCACGGACGUUGGGACUCUCGGAUCCGGCAUGAGACUCGCAGGUGGGUAA